UUGUACUUCAAAUACAGGUAUAAUACCUUAGAAUAUCCUCUUAAAAGGUGUUUUAUUGAAAAGAUUGACGCCAAAAACUUACUAAAAGGCACCAAAUAUGUGGGAUAUGUGUACUAAAAACUUUGCUUUUGACUUUGAAAAAAGAUUGUCCACUAAAUCCAUGAAGGUAUACUUUUAAUAUAUGAUGCAGGAGGGUGUUAGGACCAACUAUGGAACAUUACUAUUGCAAUUUCUCCUAUUUUGGGACCAUUUUUGGGUCAGAUUGACUGGACUAUUACAUGUAUGUCCCCUUGCUUCUCCUCUGAGCUGCAGCUGAGGGUGUCACUGCUGAUCGCACUGCUCGGCGCUGUCCACGGUCCGUGGUGCUGAAAAGCAAAGGGACACAACAAACCCACAGUGUUCUGUAGUGUCUAUUAAAUCCACUUUAUAUGGCCCACAGUUGUGACACAGAUUGGGAAGUCAAUUUGAACAAGUCUAUCUGCUGGAGGUUUCUGCACUGAACUGGGUUUAGCACUGGUAAUAUGAUCUGGAUCGAGCCUAUAGAGUGCCAUGUUGUGCCCCGUGCCCGUUACGCAACAAGUCUGUGAUCACACAACCGGAUGAAGGCACGACAGCUGACUCACACCGGAUUUUUUUUUUUUUUAUUAUCACUUUACAACGUUUUAUUACCAUCCGGGCAUUUUCCCAUCCGGAAACACUCCACAGUAUGCUCCUGGUCCUUCAUGCAAAUGGACAUUGUGGUUGAAUAAAGCUGUUUCUGCAGCCCACAAAGACGGAACAUGGCGGAGGCGGGCAGCACAGGAGGCGACUGUGGCUCAGCUCCACCUGACGUGACCGACUCGCUCCCCGGUGAGGAAUACGAGUGCAAGAUAUGCUACAACUGCUUCGACCUGGACCGCCACACUCCCAAAGUGCUGGGCUGCUCCCACACCUUCUGCCAGGAGUGUCUAGAGGCUCUGCACUCCCUGGAGGGUCGAGGAUGGAGGAUCGGCUGCCCCGUGUGUCGCCACCGGACUCCGGUGCCGGAGUACCGUGUUCACAACCUCCCGGACAACCGCGCGUUGACUGAGUCGCUCCCGCUGAAAAAGCAGGAGCCUGCGGACCUGUCACACACAGAUGUCCCGGGCGUGUCUCCAUCCCCGUCCCAGGAGAGCAACUGUGAGACUUGCAAACUAGUUGCGUUCGCGAGCGGCUGCGUGUGCGCCAUCUUCUCCUUCCUGUCCAUGGUGGUGCUUUUGUUCCUGGGCCUCAUCUUUGUGCAUAACUUCAAUCACGCUCCGUGGCCCGUCGGUCCAAUCUGUCUGUUUGUCGCCAGUGUCCUCGCCCUGUUCUCGCUCAUUCUCACCUGGUUAAUGUGCAUGUUGAAGUACCGACCUGAAACUGAGGCGAGCAACUUGAGUUCCUUCACCUCUAAUAUAAUGUGACGCUGUGGCACAAAUUCAGCCUGGUCAGGAUCAUAAAAGGGAAAUCUGUUUAUUUUAAUGUGCUUGGACAUCCUUAUAAAUGUCAGUGUUUGUUACUAUAAAUGACGUCACAUUCCA